AUGGUCAAAGCAAAAGCCAUCAAGCAAAGGCCGCAGGCAACGGUGCCGUGCGCUCCGCCGGCGCAAAGCAUUGGUUCGGAGUUACUGGACAACGAGGAGAGCAAAGGUACCUCCUUCAAGUCACUGGGGCUGUGCGAGGAACUCAUCAGUGCCUGUGCGGAGGCGGGGUGGAAAAACCCGACACGCAUCCAGGCCGCAACAAUUCCCGUUGUAAAGGAAGGGCGAGAUAUCAUUGGCGUGGCACAGACAGGUAGUGGAAAGACAGGAGCAUAUGUUCUUCCUCUUGUAAACUGGUUGCUCACUCAGUCCAAAGUGCCGUAUCUCUCCGUUCUUGUGAUGGUCCCGACCCGUGAGUUGGCGCAGCAGGUGACGGCGCAGUUUGUGAUGCUGGGACACAGCGUGGGGCUGCGAGUCGCGACGCUAGUUGGCGGAGCCGACAUGGUGGAUCAGGCCUGCGACUUGAGCAAGCGACCGCACGUUGUGGUCGGAACACCAGGCCGUAUUAAGGAUCACCUGCACAACACAAAGGGUUUUCAACUUGUUAAGCUUCACGCACUUGUUCUGGAUGAGGCCGACAAGAUGCUUGACAUGGACUAUGAAAAGGAGAUUGAUGCGAUUCUGGAGCAUUUGCCACACAAUCGCCAGACCCUGCUUUUUUCUGCCACUCUCAACACUAAAAUUGAUCGCCUGCAGAAGGCCUCCUUAAACGACCCUGUUUUGCUGGAGGUGCAUAGAAAAAACACAACUGUAGACACUUUGAAACAAUACUAUGUGUUUUGUCCCUUUGCGCAAAUGUUGCCGUAUCUUCACUUGUACCUAACACGUGAAACGGGCAAUCACAUUCUUGUUUUCUGUCGUAGUGCCGCGCUUGUGCACCGUAUCACGCUUACACUUCGGAUUUUGGGGCACCAGGCACUACCACUUAUGGGGCGAAUGGAUCAAACAAACCGCAACAUUGCCUUGACAAAGUUUAAAGAGGGAAAAAUACGGAUUCUCGUGGCCACAGAUGUGGCUCAGCGUGGAUUGGACAUUCCCCACACGGAUGUGGUUGUAAACUACGCACUACCGGAUCGUGUAGAAGAUUACAUUCAUCGUGUGGGGCGUACUGCGCGUGCAGGCGCCCAAGGCAAAGCCGUGAACAUUAUUAGUCAAUAUGACAUUUUACUGCUACAAAAAGUGGAGGCUUCAACGGGGGUAAAGUGUGAAGAGUGGCCCAUUCAGGAGGGCGAUGUGGCGGCAGUGCUACAGCGUGUGGAGGAUGCUGAACAAGAGACGAUUAAGGAGAUCCGAGAGAAUGAGCAGGAGACCAAGUUUGAAAAGGAGGCGCGCCAAUUGGUCACGGCGAAGAAGGGAAAACGAGAGCGCGGGGACAGUGACAUUGGUCACGACGACACAAAACACGGCACAGCGGACUUUGCAACGUUGCGUUUGCGGCGUGAAAAUGAGGCGGUCUUUAAGAUGACCAAAAAACAGCAACACAAGUCUCUCUGGGCCAAACGUCGUGAAGCACAAAAGAAGUCAAAGUCGUAA